AUGCUUCUCCUAUUUCGAAGGCAUCCAGUACUGCAUCGAACAAGAAAUCGAGAUUUUUCUUCCUCUUUGUUUCUUUCUCUCUCUGUUGUGAUCAUCAUGUGUGGAGGUGCUAUCAUUUCCGACUUCAUUGCCGUCAAGCGAGGCCGGAAACUUACCGCCGGCGACCUUUGGUCCGAGCUCGACCCUUUCUCCGACCUCCUUGGCUUCGAUGCUCACGCCGGUUCUGCCAAAAACCAUCCGCCUCAGAAACUCCCCCAGGUCCCAUUCAAUAAAGGGGCGUGUGAGAAGAAGGAGAAGAAAAGCGUGAAAGCAGAGAAAGCUGGCGGGAAGAAGAGCACCGGUCAGAGAACACGCAAGAACGUGUACAGAGGAAUAAGGCAGAGGCCGUGGGGCAAGUGGGCCGCGGAGAUAAGGGACCCGCACAAGGGCGUCCGAGUGUGGCUCGGCACCUACAACACCGCCGAAGAAGCCGCCAGAGCCUACGACGAAGCCGCCAAGCGCAUCCGCGGCGACAAGGCCAAGCUCAACUUCCCGGCAGUGGAGAGACCCGCCAAGAAGCGCUGCCUGAGCCCACAGUCGAGCGAGGAGAGCAGCAGCCACCAGGGUGGACCGCCGACGCCGUACCAGUCGGAUCUGGAGCUGAAGCAGCACAUCUCAGACCUGGAGUCCCUGCUGGGGCUGGAGCCGGAGGAAGAGACGAUGAGCGAUCAGCAGCAGGUGAUGAGCGGCGGAGGGAGCUGCGAUGGCGGGGAGUGGGCGGAGUCAGUGGACCUGUGGAUGCUGGAGGACGUCAUGAUGAAUCACAUGCCAAACAGCGAGCUGCUGUAUUAAGGUGUGGUGAAGAAGCAUCCAUGGUGGCGGCGAUGGUUGGAUUUAACCGACGGCAUGAUUAGACGAAGCGACUCUUUAUGUAAUUUACUGUCUGUAGAAACAAAAGCCUUUGUGGACGGUGGUGGUUAAGGAUUAUGGUUGUGUGUGUGUCUGCGUCUGGGUCGUUUUGGUUUUUGGCGUAGGUGAAAGACUUUAACUAGGGGGAGGGGCAUGGUAAAUACUGGAGAAUAAAGGUGUUUUUUUCCCCCUAAAAAAAAUAUGUAAGUUUUUAUUGGAGAAGUAUAGGGAGGUGCGUGUGGUUGAUGGAUGCAUGUUUGAUGACGGAUGAAGUUGAAUGAAUGUAGGACCUGCUUAGAAUAUGUUAUAAACAACUUAUUUGACUCUGA